AUGGCUCGUGAUUCCAUAUAUACACUACUUGUUUUUACCGUAAUCUGUUCAAUCAAUUAUACCGUGGCAUUUCCAAGAGACAGCAGUGUUAUUAGAACAGAACCUCUGACGAGUAAUAAUAAUGAUGUUGCGUCAAAAGUGAAAGAGAUUUCGCCUCAAACAAUCAGUGUCUCGGAUUCAGUAAAUGAAUAUAAGAUACCCGGUCGUAUAAGCUGCCCUCAUGAGGAAGCUACCGAAGAUCCAAGCUGUUUAGAACAUUGCCUUCCUAAAGGAUAUUCUUAUGGAUUGUGUGUUAGCCAUAUUUGUAGUUGUAUUUAA